GAAUGUAAAAAACGUGGUUUUUAUUAACUUUAGGAUCACUUGUUUUUAAGGGUAUAUUUUGUGAUGUGACUAAUACUACUUAUUAUUUGUCACGGUGUGAAAAAUAAGCUUAAUUACUAAGGAAUCCAAGGAACGAUGGUGUUCAAUACCUUAUUACUGUCUAUUAGAGAAGUGGAAGUGAUCCGUCCAGCGAUCGCUCUCAUACAAGCAGCUUUGGCCAUUAUUUCUAGUCUCCACCUGGGCUCUCAUAACUACCCGCCGCAAGCGACAGUCCACAAUGGUGACACGUUUGACUUCAUUAUAGUGGGUGCAGGUUCGGCGGGUUGCGUGGUGGCGAACCGGCUCACUGAGGUCAAGGACUGGACCGUGCUGCUCAUAGAGGCUGGAGAUGACCCACCAAUCGAAGCCACAAUACCCGGCUUCUUUCCUUUUGUUGACUACUCCAUGUCAGAUUGGAACUACUACACGCAUAACGAUGGCUAUUCCUGCCAGUCUCACAGGACGAAAAAUAUCCAUCUAACACGAGGCAAAAUGCUUGGCGGGUCCAGUGGCGCCAACUACAUGUACUAUGUGCGUGGAAAUAAGGAAGACUACGAUUCCUGGGCGAUCCACAACCCUGGCUGGGACUGGGAUAACGUCUCCUACUAUUUUAUGAAAAGUGAAAGACUUAAAGAUAUCCAAAUUAUGACCAGUGAGUCCGCAUCUCUACAUCGCACCGAUGGUUACCUGGGCGUUACUCGCCCAAUAUGGCACUCAAGGUCAAGAAAAUAUUUUGAAGCAUUCAGGGAAAAUGGGCACGAUAUUCUGGAAGAUACCAAUGGUUACCAGCAGUUGGGAUAUUCACCAGCACAGUAUACUAUCGACAGAGGUAUCCGACAAAGCACAGCAGUGGCAUUUUUAAGGCCUAUCAAACAUAGAUCCAAUUUGUACGUCCUGAGGAACACGUUAGCUAGAAAAAUAGUUUUUAACAGAAGUAAAAGAGCUGUUGGUGUUGAAGUGAAAUUGCAGAAUAAAAAAAUAAUUAAGCUGAAGGCGAAGAAAGAGGUCAUCUUAUCAGCGGGAGCCAUUAACUCUCCACAUUUGCUGAUGGUGUCAGGCGUUGGACCAAAGCACCACUUGGAAGAGAAAGGCAUACAUGUUAUAUUAGACUCUCCUACUGUAGGUCAAAAUUUGCAAGAUCAUGCUUCAGUUCUUGUCGUUCUGACAGGCCAAAAGAGCUUGAAAUCUGUCAUACAAAAUGUAGAAAUCUUAACUAACUUAAAUAAAUUCCCAACGCCGGCAAUAAUUGGACAUGUGACUUUAAAUAAGUCUCAGUCGGUCCCAGACUACCAGACGACUGUAUUCCCAUUCCCAGCAGCUACUGUAAUGUCCACACUAAUAUGUUCAGUUGUCUUCGGAUUAACUAACGACAUUUGCACAUCAGUAGCGCUUGCGGGUCAAACACAGGAGACUUUGUUUUCAAUAGUAAAUAUGCUUCAUCCUGAAUCCAAAGGUAACAUUACGCUAAAGAGUAGUAACCCAGAAGAAUAUCCUCAGAUCAACUUAGGAUACUACUCUAAUGAGAAAGAUUUAGAGAAACACGCUCGUUACAUGGAAGAUUAUGUAAGUGUUAUUAACACAACAUAUUUUCGUUCAGUGGGCUCGGAGAUUGUUAAUUUGAAUAUCAAAAAUUGUAGUAAUUUGGUUUUUGGUAGCCAUGAAUACUGGAAAUGUUAUGUCUUGAAUAUAGCUUCUUCACAGUGGCACCCUGUUGGCACGUGUGCCAUGGGCCCAGGUGGAGUGUUGGAUGAACAGCUCAGAGUACGAGGGUUACAGGCCUUAAGAGUAGUAGAUGCGAGUGUAAUGCCCACUAUCACUAGCGGAAACACAAAUGCACCAACAAUCAUGAUUGCGGAAAAGGCAUGCGACAUUAUAAAGAGUCAAUAUGGAAUAAGUGAUUAGAAUGAUUAAUAGCAGGAGCAUUAAUUUCGACAUCAAUAGGUAAAUAUGUUGUCAAAUAGGCCGACCAAGUAUUUAUUACUUAGUAGGUUAGGUUAUAAGUUACCUAUAAUCACCAAGAUACUGUAAAUAUCGGUAUUAAACAUACAUACUAUAGUACCUGUCUAAGUAUAAAUAUUAUUUAUUGUAAAAGUUAUGUUUGGGUACCCAUGUUUAUAAAAUUAUACUAUGUACGUAUGUAUAGUAGGUACAUGUUGGCAGCCGAUCGUGAAAUUCGUAAGAUAGGAAUAUUUUGAAACGCGAAAAUCACUGUAAUUUGAAAAUUUCGGGGUAUAUUUGGUACUCGGGCAUAUGAAGCAAAUCUAACGAACUUCGUAAUUACUAAAUUAUGUUUUUCAAAACGUUACACAGGAAUUUAUCGGAUUUUACGAUCAGCCUCCGACAUGUAGGUAGUAGGUAUGACUUGGGUUUGGGUAUGACUCAUUAAAGUCAUUAAAAUAAAAUAUUAAUUAUUAGGUGCAGUAUGUGUACUAGGUGUUGUGCCAUAUCUGUAUA